AAUACACAUUCAGUGUCUGAAAUUUUUGUUGCUGUUUUUAGAAUAGUGGAGUAGUACAAUAACGUGCGUUUCUUUGUUUCCUUUGUAUGGAGACUAGGUGUUAAUCGACUGUUACGUGACCAGUGUUCUUGAUGGUUUCGGGUGACGAUUCAAAUGGUCGUUUAUCGCGUAAAACAACGAGGUCCCCGAACCGAAAGUCGAAGAAGGCUGAUGCGGACCUAGCAAAGGGGUCUGCGUUGCGAAAUGACCCGCCGCCUUCUGUUCACAAGAGGAACCUUUACGUUGUUUCUUUUCCCAUUAUUAUACUUUUUAAUAUUCUAAGAUCAUUGCUUUAUCAGUUAUUUAUAGUGUUUAAGUAUUUGUAUUCGGCUUCCCAUCGUUUUAUGCGUCAACCGUGUAAGAAUGGGGAGUAUAACCUAGAGGUGGUAGUGAAGGACGGAGCGGUGUCGACGGAGAUCGCGGGCGAGAUGGCGUACAGCCACAAUGUGGGGCCGGGGGACCCGCUGCUGGCCAAACAGAAACAUCACCAUCGGAAGGCUUUUGAGUACAUAUCAAAAGCUUUGAAGAUUGAUGAGGAGAAUGAGGGUCAGAAAGAGCUAGCAAUAGAACUUUACAAGAAAGGCAUCUAUGAAUUGGAGCGGGGCAUAGCCGUGGACUGUUGGGGCGGCCGCGGCGACGCCUGGCAGCGCGCGCAGCGGCUGCAUGACAAGAUGAAAACCAAUCUCGGGAUGGCUAAGGACAGGCUGCACUUCCUUGUGGCAGGCCGUAAGCUGACGACAGGCGGGCGGCGGCUUCCCAGCGGCUCAGGGCCUCUCAUGAAGUCCCAGACAUUACCACGAUCCAUGGGACGGUCAUCUUCUCAACCGAACAGCUCAACAUAUACCCGGUAUCCGGUGAAACCGGCCUCAACACCGCCUGCAGUGAAACGGCAGUUAUCGGUCCCAGUGAACGGAUCCCCAGUACGGCGCGCCGUGGGAUCCAACCGCGGCACUCCGACUAGGAGUCGGACCCCGCAGCAGAACCUAACGGUCCGGGGCGUGGAUCCGAAGCUGGUGCAGCUGAUACUGGACGAGAUUGUGGAGGGAGGGCCGAAGGUGCAGUGGGAUGACAUCGCUGGGCAGGAGGCAGCAAAGCAAGCACUUCAAGAAAUGGUGGUGUUGCCAUCUCUGAGGCCGGAGUUGUUCACGGGCCUGCGGUCGCCCGCCAAGGGCCUGCUGCUAUUCGGCCCUCCGGGGAACGGUAAAACUCUCCUCGCGCGAUGCGUGGCCGCAGAAUGCUCAGCCACAUUCUUCUCAAUAUCAGCCGCCACUCUCACCAGCAAAUACGUGGGCGACGGCGAGAAAAUGGUGCGAGCGCUGUUUCAAGUGGCCAGGGAAUUGCAGCCCUCAAUAAUAUUCGUGGACGAAGUAGACUCGCUCCUCUGCGAGCGGUCAUCGAGCGAGCAUGAAGCCUCGCGGCGACUCAAGACGGAGUUCCUCGUGGAGUUCGACGGCCUGCCCGCAGCGGGGGCCGACCGGCUCAUUGUGAUGGCCGCCACUAACAGACCGCAUGAACUAGACGAGGCCGCGCUCAGACGCUUCCCCAAGCGGGUGUACGUGUCGCUCCCCGAGCUGCGGACCCGCGAGCAGCUGCUGCGCGGGGUGCUGGCGCGGGGCGCGGCCGCGGCCGCGGUCACGCCCGAGGAGCUGGCGCGACUGGCCGCGCUCACGGACGGUUACUCGGGCAGUGACCUAACCGCGUUGUGUCGGGACGCCGCGCUGCAGCCUAUCAGAGAACUCGACCCCGAGGAGGUUAAGUGCUUGGACCUGUCGCUAGUGCGGCCAAUCACGUUCCAGGACUUCAUGGACGCGUUGAAGCGGAUCCGUCCGUCCGUGUCCCCGCACAGCCUAGUCGGGUACCAGAAGUGGUCCGUGCAAUAUGGGGAUCUCGGGCUAUGAACCAAUACAGGUAUUGCCAAGGUUGAAUAAACAAGGGUGAGUCAGUAAUUGUUAGCAAGUACGAGACAACACUACGCUCAAAUGUUAAACUUUCCACUCGAAUAUUCCCUCAUAGUUCUAUUGACGUAUUUCAUAGUUCUUUAUGUUUACUCUGAAUGUCAUCUAGUCAGAUUUCAACUGUCACUGUCAUGUUUUAAACGUGUAUAGAAAAAAUGUCGUUUAAGCCCUUUUAUUAUUCACUUUAACACAAAGACCGUUGUUUAUA